AUGCCUGAGGAGGUAUGCUCCAGCCAAACCUCAUUAGAUUACUGGAGGCCAGAUCUUCAGCAGCAGGCCCCAGACCCCAGGCCCCAGGAAGGCCAGCUGAUCCUGGAUCGGUUGGCCUGGAGCCUCCCAUCAUUGCCAAAGGGCUCUGUGUGUCCAGAAGAGGAUGUGAGUGCAGUUCUGCAGGAGCUAGAGAAACAGUGGAAGAAACGCCAGCUGCCCAACAUGCUCCCAGUCCUGGAGUUCAUCAUGUGGAGCCUGAUCCAGGAUCAGGCCCAGCAGAAACUCCAGUCAGCCUUCAGAAGUGCUGUGGAAGAACCUCAGUCUCUGGAUGAGUCCAAAUGCAUCAUCAGAGACCUGGCCCUCCAACUGGACCGAGUCUCCCAGCACAAGAGCCGUGCAGUUCUGUUAAGUGUGACUGAGGACAGCUGCAGUCUACAGGAGUGUCAACAUUUCAUACUGCAGUGGGCUGAGGAACUGAGGAACCUCCCACAGAGGCAGCAGAUAUCUGAGGGGGAAUGCUCCAGCCAAACCUCAUUAGAUUACAGGAGGCCAGAUCUUCAGCAUGAAGCCCCAGACAACUGCAGUCCAGCCCAGGAGCAGAAGCUGAAGGAAGCCCAGCUGAUCCUGGAUCAGUGGGCCUGGAGUCUCCAGUCACUGCCAAAGGGCUCUGUGUGUCCAGGAGAGGAUGUGAGUGCAGUUCUGCAGGAGCUAGAGAAACAGUGGAAGAAAGGCCGGCUGUCCAACAUGCUCCCAGUCCUGGAGUUCAUCAUGUGGAGCCUGAUCCAGGAUCAGUCCCAGCAGGGUUCUGUACCUCAGCUCUGGCUCAGGAGCAAACAGAGGUUUAAGAAUGGAGCUGCUUUCCAGCACAUCCCCAGAUCAGUCUGGAAUUGGAUUCAGAAAGCAGCAGCUGACAUCAGACUGGAUCCAAACACUGCAAAUCCAGAUCUUAAAGUGUCUGCAGAUGGAAAAACUGUGAAAAUGGACAGCAUCAUAGAGAGUGUACACAACCCCAGAGAAGGAUACCACAGGUCACCUCAUAAGUAUGAUGGAUGGUGGUGUGUGCAGGGCACAGAGGGCUUCACCUCUGGGAGACAUUACUGGGAGGUGGGGGUUCAGGGUAAGACAGAAUGGAGGAUUGGAGUGGUGAAAGAGUCUGCAGAACGCAGGGGCUUCAUGGAGCUGAACACACACACAGGCUACUGGACUUUAUGUCUGCAGCUUGGGGUGCUCAUGGCCGUAACCACACCAGUCUGUAAACUCUCACAGUCAAUUCCCUCCAGGGUGGGGGUGUACCUGGAUAUAGAGGAGGGGCAGCUCUCCUUCUAUGAUGUUGAGAGAAGGUGCCACAUCUACACCUUCAAUAACAACUUUACUGAAAAAGUCUACCCACUGUUUGGAACAGUGGAAACAGACAAAGAGAUUAUCAUCAAAGACUUUAAAAACGCUUGAGGCUCCCCA